AUGGCUGACCUUCCUACUCAUACAAUCGUGUUUGAGAUAUUAACGAGGCUGCCAGCAAAGGAUGUAGGUCGUUCUAAGAGUGUAUGUAAGCAAUGGUAUGCGUUAUUGUCAACACAAGAUUUCGUAAAGAUACAUUGUUCUCGCUCAGUAGUUUCAUCUAACCAGAGAGUUCUACUAAUUGACGACCUAACGUGUUCUGUUCGUCCAAUCAUCUCUAAUAACAAUGACUAUGGUCCAAGCUCAACAGUUACAUUUCCAUUCCAUCACCAAAAUAAUGAUGUCUCAAUACUUUCACAUUUGAACGGAUUGUUGUGUGUUUGCUUGAAUCAUACAUACGAGCUGCUUCUUUGGAAUCCAACAACUACUGCUUUCAAGCGUUUGUCAACCCCUGAUUCUCAUGGAUUCUAUAUAAAUAACCUUGAUGCCAUUGGUUUGCCGCACACACAUUUUCUCCUAAUCAUGUACCCGCAACACAAGAUCAAUAACGCGGACCAUUAUGAUAAGGUUGUGUGUGCUGAAAUUCCUAACAAACUAACACAUCCCAGAUUGCAUGAGAUGGUUGUCAAGAACAUGAUUCACGGUCCUUGCGGCAAUUUACGAUCAAGCAGUCCUUGUAUGCAGGGUGAUCCUAAAAUUUGUCGUUUUCACUAUCCUAGACAAUUUAACGAACAGACGACACAAGGAGAAGAUUCGUAUCCGUUGUAUCGAAGGAGAGACACCGGGAUAGAAGUGGACCUACGAGGACAAACACUUGAUAAUAGAUGGGUGGUCCCAUAUAACCCAAGGCUUUUGAUGAUGUUUAACUGCCACAUGAAUGUUGAAGUUUGCUCAAGUAUAAAAUCUGUGAAAUAUCUUUUCAAGUAUGUUUAUAAAGGACAUGACAAACAGGUUAUUCAAGUCGAUCAAAGUGAGCCAGGGGUUGUUAUUAAUGAGAUAAAAAGAUUUCAAGAUGCACGCUACAUAUCGCCCCCAGAGGCUAUGUGGCGAAUUUUUUCCUUCUCUCUUUCUCAAAUCUUUCCUGCUGUUCUAGCCUUACAACUUCAUCUCCCAAAUAAUCAGAUGGUUAGAUUUAGAGAUGAUGACUUGAUGCCUAAUAUUGUUGAUAGGGAAAGGGAUAAGAGAACCAUGCUAACAGCAUUUUUUGAUCAGAAUAGAAACGAUGAAACAGCAAGGGUACAUUUGUAUAAAGAUUUUCCAAAACACUAUACUUUGAAUGGAAGCACACGCCGUUGGAGUCGUCGUUUCGGUAAAAAACAAAGAGGUCGUAUCGUUUCCGCUAAUCCAGCCGAAGGAGAAAGGUACUACUUACGCCUACUUUUGUCAAAUGUCAGAGGGCCUACUUCUUUCGAACAUCUUUGCACAGUUAAUGGUCAACGGUGUGUGACAUUUCGGAAAGCAGCUCUUGAGUUAGGCUUAAUAGAAGACGAUGAAUAUCUAUCACAAUGUCUCGAAGAAGCCUCUACGUUUCAGUUUCCCAAUGCUCUUAGAAGGUUAUUUGCGACCAUAAUGAUUUUUUGCCAACCUGGAGAUAUUCGAAAGUUAUGGAAUGACCACUUUGAUUCACUAUCUGAAGAUCAUCGGUUACACUGUCAAAGUAUAGAACGAGUUCAAAAUAUGGUUCUUACCGAAAUAAGUGUCUUGGUACAAUCCAUGGGUAAAAAUUUCAAUGAAUUCGACCUUCCUAAGAUAACUGACGAUGUUAACUUACAAGAUGCAGGUUAUCGUGAGUUACAAGAAGAGUAUGGGAUUGUUUUGGAACCUGAACACUUGAGUGCCAAACAUUCACUUAAUCCGGACCAAAAAAAUGUGUUUGAUGAGAUCAUGAUGCAUGUUGAUAAUGAUCUUCCAGGCGUGUUCUUUAUUGAUGGUCCAGGUGGAACUGGAAAAACAUUUUUGUACAUUGCCUUGCUUGCUGAAAUUCGGUCACGUGGUCUUAUUGCUCUCGCAACAGCUUCAUCAGGUGCAGCGGCUAAUAAUAUGCCAGGAGGUAGAACGGCUCACUCGAGAUUCAAGAUUCCUCUUAAUCUUGAAAAUAAUUCAAUGUGCAAUAUUAAAAAACAGAGUGGGGCCGCUAAACUGAUUCGCUCUGCCAAAAUAAUCAUAUGGGAUGAAGCGUCGAUGGCUAAACGACAAGCGAUAGAGGCAGUCGAUCGUACAUUCCAAGACAUUAUAGGUGUUAGUCUCCCAUUUGGUGGAAAGAUAAUGGUUAUGGGAGGUGACUUCAGACAGGUGUUGCCGGUUAUCAAACGUGGCACUCGAGCACAGAUUGUAGACUCCAGCGUACGAAUGUCACCUCUUUGGUCUUUGACUAAGAAGAUGCGGUUGACCAUAAAUAUGAGAGCGCUGAAAGAUCCAUGGUUUUCUAAAUUUCUUUUAAGAGUCGGCGAUGGAACUGAAGAACCAAUCGAAGGAAACUAUAUCCGCAUACCCGAUGACAUGACAAUUCAGUGCAACAACAGAGAAAACGCUAUAAAAGAAUUGAUCCAUGCCAUCUUUCCAUCAAUUGAAGAUAAUGUAUAUUCUUCAGAUUAUAUAAUCUCUAGAGCAAUAUUGUCCACUAAAAAUGAUAGUGUUGACGAGAUUAAUAAUCAAAUGAUUGAAAUUUUUCAAGGGGAGGAAAAAGUUUAUUACAGUUUUGAUGAAGCUGAAGACGAUCAGCGCAACUUCUAUCCGGUCGAGUUCUUAAAUUCGCUAAAUGUUAGUGGUUUGCCGCCUCAUAAGCUUCAUUUAAAAAUUGGAUGCCCAAUAAUAUUGUUACAUAAUAUCGAUCCAUCACAUGGCCUGUGUAAUGGCACGCGGUUGAUAUGUAAGGGUUUCAUGCGAAAUGUUAUUGAUGCGGAAAUUGCAGUCGGUCAACAUGCCGGAAAAAGAGUUUUUUUGCCAAGAAUCCCUCUAACCCUUUCUGAAGAUGACAUGUUCCCAUUUAAGCUGAAAAGAAAACAAUUUCCAAUUCGACUUAGCUUUUCCAUGACGAUUAAUAAAGCUCAAGGUCAAACAAUUCCGAACGUUGGUAUUUAUCUACCGGAUUCUGUAUUUUCACAUGGACAUCUUUAUGUCGCGUUAUCAAGAGGGAUUUCAAGACAAAGUACGAAGGUGUUGGUACAUCUCGCUAAAGAAUUCAAACAACGCGGAGUUUACACAUCAAAUGUUGUCUACCAGGAAGUGUUGCGUGAUUAA